UUAUGAGAUUGACCCAUAAAUGAAUGAAGGAGUAAGAGAGAGAGACUGUGUGUGAGUCUGUAACAGGAGUGCCCUUGUGACGUUUACGUGUGUGUGUGUGUGUGUGUGUGUGUGUGUGUGUAUGGAGGGGGUUGGCCUAGCAACAAGCUCAGGUGUGUUUGCACGGCUCCAUAACAGAGAGAGAGAGGUUUGAGCGGGGAAGACAGAUAGACUAAGAAUCUCGCUGAAUGAAAUCAACACUCCUCUGUAAGCAGCAGCAAGAAAAAUAGAUUAAAUUGAACAGAUGAAAAGGCCUGAAGGAGAUGGAGUUCUCCGCCAAACUCAAAGGAUUUCCAGGAAGCUGGCAGAUCUCUGCCUGUCUGGACUUGCUGAGUUGAAGCUCCCAAUCAAAGUGCAUCCUGACCAGCUCAACCAAAAUCGUGAGUUUGGGGCGGGACUAUGUGUUUGUCCAACCAAUGGCAACAUGGGGAGUGUUCUGGAAACCUGUUGGAAAACAGUCGCUUUUCACACUUGGGGAGCCGUCCCCGAUGAAGACUACAUGGUACUGUCCACUGGACCUGUCCACUGUGUCUGAAAUGGCGGAAGAUGGCAUCAUAUACACUGUGGUGGUAAAACAAGGGCACAGUUCCCCCGCCGGCCCGCAGUCCACAGCAUCCCGCUCUCAGCACGUCAAAGCAGGGACAGAGGAAAAGCUGGCCCUCCAUCUCCUUCAUUCCUUCUGCAUGGGCGACUCCUCCUUCAUCUCCAUCUUCCUCUCCACCUAUCGCUCCUUCACCUCCACCCAGAGAGUGCUUGACAUUCUGAUUGACAGGUUGGGAAUUCCUCCUGGGGAGAGCAAUAGUAACACUCGUCAGAUGUUCAACAAGGCGGUGUGUACGGUGUUCAGCACAUGGCUGAGUGACUAUCCCGAGGAUUUUCGCUCUCUGAACGAUCCCUCCUGCCUGCUGCGCUUGGCCCCUCUGCUUCCCGGUGACACCUCGGGUGCAGAAAUCAAAGGCCGACUGCUGAGGAUAGCUGAGGAACUGAGAGAGAAAACCCUGCUGUCCGGCUCGCUCUCAGAUCCUACCAAAGGUGUGACAUCUCCUCCUGAUCCCUCGGAGUUUGAUGCCACCAGCAUCCUGGGGUUUCCAUCCAGUGUGAUCGCAGAGCAGCUGACCAGGAUCGAGACAGAUCUGUUUCUGAAGCUGGUGCCCUAUCACUGUCUGGGGUCUCUUUGGUCUCAGAGAGAUAAGAAGGGCCGGGAAGGAGCGUGCUGGUCAGUCAGAGCUACUAUCAAGCAGUUUAAUCGCUUAGCAAAUGCUGUCACAGCCUCGUGCUUGUGGAACAUGAGUCUGAAGAGCCAACAGAGGGCCAGACUGCUGGAGAAAUGGAUCAGCGUCGCAGAGGCCUGCAGAAGCAGGAAGAACUUCUCCUCACUGUAUGCCAUUCUGUCAGCGCUGCAGAGCAACCCCAUCCACAGACUGAGAAAGACCUGGCAGGAAACAGACAGAGAAGCUGUAAAGAGAUACGAGGAACUUUCUGACAUCUUCUCUGAGAAAGACAACUACUCCCAGAGCCGCGAGCUUCUCAAAGAGGUGGGGACAUCCAAAUUUUCAAACCUUGACACUAAAAUCAACAACAGGAGAUUUACAGGGUCGUGCGCUCAGGGCACUGUGCCGUACCUGGGCAUCUUCCUCAGAGAUCUCACCAUGCUGGACACUGCAGUCAAAGACCGUCUAGAGAAUGGCUUCAUCAACUUCGAUAAAAGACGACGGGAGUUUGAAGUCAUUGCUCAAAUUCGCCUCCUUCAGUCCUCGUGUAGAAACAGCAUUUUCAGAACGGAUGAGACGUUUGUUCAGUGGUAUCACAGCGUACCUACUCUGCGCGAAGAGGAAAGCUACAAGCUGUCCAAUCAGAUUGAAGCACCGGGCGAGCCGAGUCCUGGCCGUGUCCUGAACCCUACAGUGAUCAUCACACAGUGUCCAGACGCUCUCUCAGCCAUGGCAAAUUCGACAGUGGAUGCUGAUGGCAUAUUUGACUUCCCGUCUCCUGUCAAUCACCUGCUCUCCAGGCUUUACAAGCAUGUGAAAUCCCCGUCCGUUUCCUGUCUGGACGUUGAUUCGUCACCGCCGCCCAAUGAUGCCACGACCUCUGUCCUGACCACACCCACUACAGCUGUCAAAUCACAUCGGCGGUCUGUCUCCUGUGGCAACAACCCCACCAAUAACAAACCAGAGGCGGGGCCUGAUAUGAGAAUCGUCAGGAUACGGAUGGAUUUACAUGACGGCAACUUAUACAGAAGCAUUCUGGUCACCAGUAAUGAUAAAACACCCACUGUAAUCAGUUCUGCAUUAGAGAAGCACAACCAGAACGCUCAAGAAGCCUCCAAAUACGAGCUGAUCCAGCUGCUGCCGGAGGGGAAAGAGUUAAUAAUACCUCCCACAGGAAACGUCUUCUAUGCCAUGUCUUCAGCUAGCGUGGACUUCCUGUUAAGGAGAAGAGGUGGAAAUACACCAACAGGGUCUCCGACUCUUGGCAACGAAACCAGCGCAACCUUUCCACGAAUCAAAGCCAAGGGCAGAAGACUAGUUCGGACACUAUUUUAACAUAAAAACAGGAUAUUCUCGUCCAAGUACUUUCAAAAGAAAAGACACAGAAUAUUUCAUUCAGAGCUCUUUGACAUACCGGUGUAGAAUUGACUCAAAUAAGUCAUUUUCAUAAGUCCUAAUAUUAGUAAUUUGAGUUAAAGCUUGGUUGAAAUGGCUCUAAGAUGUUAGUUACUGCUAAACAUUGCACUAUUUUUGCAUCUCAUAAAUCCAAGAUGAAUUUCAAGACAGAAUCAUGUACCUUUUGCUGAUGCCAGCAUUUCCAGAACUUCCCCCGUCUACCUCUAAAGCUAGCAGUCCAUUGGUUACAGAAUAUUCUGCAUUAUUAAUGAACAUCAAACGGGGAUAGAGCAGCUAAAGAUCCCAGCAUAAGAAAAUAAACACUUACAGAAGGUACUUACAGCUGUCUAACAUUUCAAAACACUGAGCUGUUCUGAGUGGGCAAAAAGCUACUGAAAAACACCCACCUACCUGAAGACGAGUCGCAAAACCACUGCCGCUCUCCAGUGUCCUCACCAAGUAUGCAAACUGAUAGUUGCUUACUGUGUUCUUUCUCUUUAAAUAUUUAUACAGAAUUCAUUAUGGUUAUGGUAAUAUCGAGACUCUGUUCCAAAACCUAGUAUAAAGUUAAAGUGUAAAACUAAUGCAGGAAACAACGUAUCCUCAAAAGAGACCGAUCUGAAUCACUCUAAACAGGCCGCACAUGGAAGACUUUACAAUGGAUUUCAAUACAGUUUGAUGUUUGUUUCUAAGCUUAACAGCACAAUAAUCUAGUAAUAAUAAUAAUACACUACUUUCCAAAAGUUUGGGGCAACUAAGAUUUUCAAAAGAAAUUCAUAUUUUUA